CAAGAUGCUGGCGCUGUUGCUGUGGGCACUUCACCUCCUGUGUCAGGGAGGCUCGGCUCAGUUGACCCGGACGCAGUUCACCUGCACCGAUGCUUCUGAGUGCCCCUUCUACAUAACUUUGUGUCGAGACCUGGAAUAUGAGACUCGCUUCUACGCGCCGGGUUACUGGGUGGGCACCCCGGUCCUCCCCACUGAGGCAAGGUACAGAGCCAUCGGGCGCCUGAGGGAGUACUUCAACAGGCAGAACAGACCAGUGGUUCAGAUCGAGCGGACGGCACCCACACUCACCCUGUACCGGAACAUCAACGGCGUUCCCAGACCCACGGCUGUCUUCGCCUUCCUGCCCCGUCGGUUUCUCUUCAACCCGCCCGUUCCUCGGGAUGAGCUGGUUUAUCUGACCUAUUCUCCGGCGCAGACAGUGUUUGCGCGGUUGGCCAGUCCCUUCCUCCUCCACCUACAGCGCAGCUCGAAGGAGCUGUUCGAGGACCUGCUGCGGCGGAGGGAGCUCUUCCUGCAGGAUCGCUUCUACGUGGCUGAGUUCAGCAGCCAAAUCCGACUGUUGGGGCGGCGCAAUGAGAUCUGGUACCUGGGCCGGGGGGUAACCCAGUGUGCCCUCCGUCGUGGGAGGAUCUCGUCACAGCAGUGACACCAUCAGACCGAGCCAAUCGCCUGAAACAUCCACCUGAAACCUCCACCUCCUCCACACCUCUCCACCUGUGCCCUGUGGACCGUCCAGUGACACCCACCAGAUAUCCAUGGCUGUGCCCAGGAUUCCCUGCACCCAACCUCCCUCAAACGCCUCGCAGCCUGGAAACCCCGUCCCAAUCUUUCCUAAGAGUCAGCAGACCAGCAGAAGACCAUCCAGUGGGAUCGGGCUGCCCGCUUUCAUGGAUCCCUGUACUGGCUCCCCAUUCUGGGACAAAGUUCGGAAUGUCUCCUGCGCUUCAACCAUCCACGGACAGAGACAGACGCACAAUCCAAGAUGUUGAGAUGUUUCUGUGGGAGAGCCAUAAACCCCAAGAUAAGAGCUGCUUAUUGACCACAGAGUGGCAAAUAACCUUCUCUCGGGAAGUGGGAGUGUGGGGUGAAUCUCUGGAAUUCUCUGCCCUCCAAGGUGUUGGGGACCAGAUCAUUGGAUAGGUUGAAGGGGGAGACAGAUAAAUAUUUGAAAGAUCAAGAAAUUGAGGGCAACGAGGAACUGGAGAGAGGAGUUGAGACAUGGGGCAGAUCAGCCAGUCACAGUGAAUGGGCAGGAUCGAGGGGCCGAAUGGCCUAUUGGUGUUCACUCCGGAAAUCCGGGCUCAGAAUUUUCUGUUCCACCCCGAGGUCCGGCUACAGAACCUGUUCCCCGAAACCUCGGCCACAUUCUCAGCCAAUCUCCAAUUCCGGGAGGGGUCAAGGAGAGGCAUGCCCAGGAUUUUGGAAAAUUGUAAUUCCAUGCCAGAGAAUUUGGGUCUGACUCUGGUCUGAAGCCUGUUGGGAGGGAAUAUCUGCCCAGCAGCUGAGUUCUUCCUCAGUCCCAUGCCAGACAGUGGGGAGCAGAGCUCUGCUAUUGGUUCUUGUGUGGGCGUGGGAUUUAGGGGAUCCCCAUACCAAUGAUUCUCUCACCACUGACCCUACAACACCCUGCUCCCCACACCACAGACCCUACACCCUGCUCCCCACACCACUGACCCUACAACACCCUGCUCCCCACACCACAGACCCUACAACACCCUGCUCCCCACACCACAGACCCUACACCCUGCUCCCCACACCACUGACCCUACAACACCCUGCUCCCCACACCGCUGACCCUACAACACCCUGCUCCCCACACCACUGACCCUACACCCUGCUCCCCACACCACUGACCCUACAACACCCUGCUCCCCACACCGCUGACCCUACAACACCCUGCUCCCCACACCACAGACCCUACAACACCCUGCUCCCCACACCACUGACCCUACACCCUGCUCCCCACACCACUGACCCUACAACACCCUGCUCCCCACACCGCUGACCCUACAACACCCUGCUCCCCACACCACUGACCCUACAACACCAUGCUCCCCACACCGCUGACCCUACAACACCCUGCUCCCCACACCACUGACCCUACACCCUGCUCCCCACACCACUGACCCUACAACACCCUGCUCCCCACACCGCUGACCCUACAACACCCUGCUCCCCACACCACUGACCCUACACCCUGCUCCCCACACCACUGACCCUACAACACCAUGCUCCCCACACCACUGACCCUACAACACCCUGCUCCCCACACCGCUGACCCUACAACACCCUGCUCCCCACACCACUGACCCUACACCCUGCUCCCCACACCACUGACCCUACAACACCAUGCUCCCCACACCGCUGACCCUACAACACCCUGCUCCCCACACCGCUGACCCUACAACACCCUGCUCCCCACACCAUUGACCCUACAACAUCCUGCUCCCCACACCGCUGACCCUACAACACCCUGCUCCCCA